CCAACAUUUCCAUCAGUUAGCGUUUCUGUUCGGGCGAUAGAACAGUUCUGUCGGCCGGCAUCAAGUAAAUCACGUGAAAAUUCGGGAAAAUGAUUGAUUUGGAAGGAACGGGCCUGAUUUGGAAAACGCAUUUUCGUCGGCACAACGGUUGCUGAAUGGUGUUGGACUCCUGAUUGAGUUUUAUUUUUGCGGCAACUCCACAGGCGCGCCUCAUAAUCAAAUGCGAUGCCAGGAGCAGAUGAGAAAAUGUGCAUUCUAAUUUGUGGAGAGAAACAAGCAGGUUGUCCUCAAAGAUGAAAAAUGGGCGCUUACCACAACAUAUCCUGUGACUCCGAGACUGGCAACUACUCGACGAUCUUCGGCCGAACGUACGCUCCCCAAUGGGAAUCCUUGCUCACCGUCAUCACGCUCGGCUUCAUCAUCCUGCUUACCAUCAUCGGCAACAUUCUGGUGAUUCUGGGCGUCUUCACCUACAAACCGUUGCGGAUCGUGCAGAACUUCUUCAUAGUGUCGCUGGCCGUUGCCGAUCUAACAGUGGCCAUUCUGGUCCUGCCCUUAAAUGUGGUCUACUCAGUGGCGGGCGAAUGGGUGUUCGGGAUUCACUUGUGCAAAAUGUGGCUCACUUCCGACGUGAUGUGUUGCACUGCAUCCAUUCUGAACUUGUGCGCCAUCGCUCUGGACCGAUUCUGGGCCAUUACUGAUCCCAUCAACUAUGCUCAGAAGCGAACGCUCAAGCGCGUUUUAGUGAUGAUUGCCGUCGUUUGGCUGCUGUCGUUGCUCAUUUCGUCACCGCCUUUGAUCGGGUGGAACGACUGGCCCGACAUCGAUGUGUUCCUGCAGAAAAAAGUCUGCAAAUUAUCCUCCAGACAGGGCUACGUGAUCUACUCCUCCUUAGGCUCCUUCUACUUGCCGCUGAUCACCAUGACCAUAGUCUACAUUCAUAUCUUCAUUGCAACUAGACGAAGGCUGCGUGAAAGAGCAAAAGCCUCGAAAAUCAACGCGAUUUCGCGAAAUCAGUCCCAUAGACAAGCCGACUUGGACCGGGACAGUGUGAGCAGCGGGGAGACCAAUCACAACGACAAGAGCAGCGACAUGAGCUGCAAAAAGGGGAAGAAGAAGAAAAGAGACAGCAAGGAACUGGAGGAUGCGAAGCAGCUGAAGCCAAUCCUGGCCAAUGAGGACUGGGCAACCGAUAUGGGCGAGAAUUCCUCCAACUCCCAAAAGAGCGACGAAAUCGGCAAGGAGUCAAAUCUGCCAAACAACCUGAAGAAUGAAUGCGGAAUCAUCGCGCUGAGUAACAACAAAAGCAAAACUGCUGGAUCCAAAGUGGUGGUAAUCGAGCCACCGAAGAAGCCGAGCGGCAUCUUCCAGUUCAUCGAGGAAAAGCAACGAAUCAGUUUAUCAAAGGAGCGCAGAGCUGCCCGAACUUUGGGCAUUAUCAUGGGGGUAUUUGUGGUGUGUUGGCUGCCCUUUUUCCUCAUGUACGUCAUUGUGCCCUUCUGCCCUUCUUGUUGCCCAUCCAGGCGAAUGAUCAACUUCAUCACCUGGCUCGGCUACAUAAAUUCCGUUCUAAAUCCGAUCAUCUACACGAUUUUUAACUUGGACUUUAGGCGGGCGUUUAGGAAAUUGCUGGGUUUAGGGCAGUAGUUAAGUUGCCCCUUUAGUGAUUAAUUGGGGUAGUUAUUCACUUUGAUGCUCCAAAACAACUGUGAUGUUUCCAAUGGAACUUUGCAAGCCCAUUUCGUGUCUGUGCUCGGAAGUUUACCGUGAAUUAGAAAUAAUGCAAAAACCUAGCAUAAGUUAACGAAUUCUAUUAUCCAAACUAGAGCGUCUGUUGCGUAGCUUGCUACUGUUAAGCACUAUUUGUAAAUAGCAACUUGAGUGGAUUUUAUCGAUGUUUUCAGCGAUUAUGAGCCCUAAUUUUCUGAAAAUAUUCUGCAAAAAACGAGCCGAAGACUGCAGAAAGUAUCUCUUAGUAAAACAUCAGCACUAAAUAAUGCGUGUUUUAUCAGCUGUUGUACAAACAAUGAUCAACACCAGAUAAUGUAGCUUAAGGGAACCAGUAAUGAUUUUUUUCUAUAUUUGUAUGUGAUUAGGAGAGCUAGUUAUCGACGUUGAAAUGUGUGUUUAUACUGUAAAUAAAAUUUAUUCGAAUCUA